CAGGAAUGGGACUGAAAACAGAAAACACCAUCAUGAUGAGGAGAAUGUCAAAUCCACUCGUGUGGUAGGAAACUAAAUCCUCCCUUCAACUCAGGAAAAGGAUGAAUUGUUGUGUCCGGGCUGGAAUUGAGGCAUCAGGAAGGGCCCCGGCGUGUUGCUAAAUGGAGUCGGAGCAGCUGUACCACAGAGGCUACUGCAGGAACAGCUACAACAGCAUCGCCAGCGCCAGCAGCGACGAGGAGCUGCUGGAUGGAGCCGGCGUCAUCAUGGACUUCCACACCACUGAGGACGACAACCUGCUGGAUGGAGACGCUGCCUCCCCAGGGUCUAACUACGCCAUGUCUAACGGGGGCGGGGUUGCCAGCAGCACCACACACCUGUUGGACUUCCUAGAGGAGCCCAUCCCUGGUGUGGGGACCUAUGACGACUUCCACACCAUCGAUUGGGUGCGCGAGAAAUGCAAGGACCGCGAGAGACACAGGAAGAUAAACAGUAAGAAAAAGGAGUCGGCAUGGGAGUUCACAAAGAGCCUGUACGACGCCUGGUCAGGGUGGCUGGUGGUGACGUUAACCGGCCUGGCCUCAGGUGCUUUGGCUGGCCUUAUUGACAUUGCUGCUGAUUGGAUGAACGACCUGAAGGAGGGCGUGUGUCUGAGCGCCAUGUGGUUCAACCACGAGCAGUGCUGCUGGACGUCCAAUGAGACCACCUUCGCUGAGCGGGACAAGUGUCCCCAGUGGAAGAGCUGGGCUGAGCUAAUACUGGGGCAGGCUGAGGGUCCCGGCUCGUACAUCAUGAACUACUUCAUGUACAUCUACUGGGCUCUGUCCUUCGCCUUCCUGGCUGUCUGUCUGGUAAAGGUGUUUGCUCCCUACGCCUGCGGCUCAGGGAUCCCUGAGAUCAAGACCAUCCUGAGUGGGUUUAUCAUCCGGGGCUACCUGGGCAAGUGGACGCUGAUGAUCAAGACCAUUACUCUAGUGCUGGCUGUGGCGUCCGGCCUCAGCCUGGGGAAGGAAGGUCCCCUGGUCCACGUGGCCUGCUGCUGUGGGAACAUCUUCUCCUACCUCUUCCCCAAGUACAGCAAGAACGAGGCCAAGAAACGAGAGGUUCUCUCUGCUGCGUCGGCGGCUGGGGUGUCGGUGGCUUUUGGAGCCCCGAUAGGAGGAGUUCUCUUCAGCUUGGAGGAGGUGAGCUACUACUUCCCUCUCAAGACGCUGUGGCGCUCCUUCUUUGCCGCCCUUGUGGCGGCCUUCGUCCUGCGGUCCAUCAACCCCUUUGGUAACAGCCGUCUGGUGCUGUUCUACGUGGAGUAUCACACGCCGUGGUACCUGUUUGAGCUCAUCCCUUUCAUCCUUCUGGGAGUUUUUGGAGGUCUCUGGGGAGCCUUCUUCAUCCGAGCCAACAUCGCCUGGUGCCGGCGGCGCAAGUCAACACGCUUCGGAAAGUACCCAGUGUUGGAGGUGAUCUUCGUGGCCACCAUCACAGCCGUGGUUGCUUUCCCGAACCCGUACACCCGUCAGAACACCAGUGAGCUGAUAAAGGAGCUGUUCACCGACUGCGGCCCUCUUGAGUCGUCGCAGCUCUGCCAGUACCGCAGCCAGAUGAACGGAAGUAAGGCCUUCACUGACAACCCCAACCGCCCGGCGGGGCCCGGCGUCUACGCUGCCAUGUGGCAACUCUGCCUGGCGCUGAUCUUUAAAAUCAUCAUGACCAUAUUCACAUUUGGACUCAAGGUGCCGUCGGGCUUGUUCAUCCCCAGCAUGGCCAUCGGGGCGAUCGCAGGCCGAAUCGUUGGCAUUGCCGUGGAGCAGCUGGCCUAUUACCACCAUGACUGGUUCCUGUUCAAAGAGUGGUGCGAGGUCGGGGCCGACUGCAUCACUCCGGGGCUCUACGCCAUGGUGGGGGCUGCGGCAUGUCUGGGUGGUGUGACCCGUAUGACGGUCUCCCUGGUGGUCAUUGUGUUCGAGCUGACAGGCGGUUUGGAGUACAUCGUCCCCCUCAUGGCUGCCGUCAUGACCAGCAAAUGGGUGGGUGACGCGUUCGGCCGCGAGGGAAUCUACGAGGCCCACAUCCGUCUGAACGGAUACCCCUUCCUCGACGCCAAGGAAGAAUUCACUCACACCACGCUGGCCAGGGAGGUGAUGAGGCCACGACGCAGCGACCCGCCGCUAGCGGUGCUGACGCAGGACGACCUGACGGUGGAGGAGCUGCAGGGCGUCAUCAAUGAAACCAGUUAUAAUGGUUUCCCUGUGAUAGUGUCCAAGGAGUCCCAGAGGCUGGUGGGCUUUGCUCUGCGAAGGGACAUCACUAUCGCUAUAGAAAAUGCGCGUCGUAAGCAGGAGGGCAUCAUGUUGAACUCCAGGGUGUACUUCACUCAGCACGCACCCACCCUGCCGGCCGACAGCCCUCGGCCCCUCAAGCUGCGCUCCAUCCUGGACAUGAGCCCCUUCACCGUCACCGACCACACACCCAUGGAGAUCGUGGUGGACAUCUUCAGAAAGCUGGGGCUGCGCCAGUGCCUGGUCACUCACAACGGGAUUGUGUUGGGCAUCAUCACAAAGAAGAAUAUAUUAGAGCAUCUGGAGGAGCUCAAGCAGCACACGGAGCCCCUGGCGGCUUCUUGGUAUUAUCACAAAAAAAGAUAUCCUUCGUCACAUGGCUCAAAUGGCAAACCAAGAUCCCGAGUCCAUCAUGUUCAACUGAUCCGCUCCUUCCAGGACGGCCGGGUUGGAGGAGGAGACGACAGCGAGGAGGAGGAGGUUCAUCUCCUGGACGGCUCCAAUCUCUGACAUCUCUGGAUCCUGUUUUUUCUUUUUAGUUUUCAGCUUAGUAGACCCUGAACCUCGCCGACUGACUGUGGCCCUCAGAGACUUACCGGCCAUUAGAGGGAAAAGACAAUGAUAAAAAAAAAAGACUUUGUUAUUAUCAUUCUGGCUGCUGAGGACACAAGGAGGUCACGGGUUGAAGCCACACACACACACACACACACGAGGAAUGCACUUUUUACACACACACACACACACACACACACACACACACAC